GAAUCAUUCACUGUUUGUAUCAUAUUGUAUGUUUAAAUAAAACUGCGUCCUCUUGUCCUCCAAUCUGUCGCAAUUUAUAGCAACACAACACCCUGCAUCCUCUCGUAGUUACGGAUCAACAAUAAUGUCGAGUGGUUAUGUUCACAUUUGGAUUCUUUGUAUCUCGCUCCUUCUUGCUUGUAUCCGUUCCGCUAGUGCUCGGCCCUUGAACAUGAGAGGGAAAAAGGACGUUCCAAGCGAGUCGCUUCGUUACGUGGGAAAAGUGUCCCCUCGCGACAAGCGUUCCUUAUUUGGUCAGGGCAUUUUGAAGCUUUCAACUGGCUCGAAAUAUGCCACUUGGGUUGCCACUCUUCAAUCUACUAAACAAACUCAACAUAGCUUCGGUUCAUAGACAUGGGCGCGG